GCGUGGUUAUGUCCCUCCACAUUGUCUGGGAGGAGUUCACUAUCUUUGCGUUGGCGCCGGUGGUGCGACCUAGAGAACACUGCCUUGGAAAGCGUGGGACCACGGUGGGACAGCGCUGGUGUUAAAAGCCAAUUUACGUAGAAAUGUACGUGUUGCCGAAGUUUGAGUCCACGAAAGAUACGGCGCACUAUACAACCAACGUCUUCUCUUGACAUUAUUGUAAACCGAUGGUCCUGGCUGUGCAGCAGGAGGAGAGAGGGUCGCCUGAGAGCAGAGGAAUCCAGGACCACCAUGCCCACUGGAGGACCUCUGAGAAGAGAUUGAGACUAUAGGACACACAGAUCGCAAUGGGAAACUCUGAGAGCCAGUACAGCAUUCAGGGGCCCAAGGGAACCAGCUUAAUCUUCCCCGGGAAACAAAAGCCCUACUCACUAAAGUUCUGCUCAACCAAAGAGGAGGCUCUGUCCCCCAAUACAUGGUGGAAAGGUGGGCCGGGGGGCUCGGGGUACAAGGCCAGGGCUGUUGGUCGACGCUGCCUCUCCCCCCCACAGAGGAGAGGAGAGCCAUAUGUCUCCAGACACUAUGAUUAUGUCACCAAGGGGGUGAAGGGCAGUCCAAACUGCCAUCGCUGGCAUGGCUCCCCACCAAGAGGCUGCUCACACCUCCCAGCUGAGAAUAGAUGCUGCCAAUAUGAGGGCAGUGGAAGCCUGUACAGUAGAGCAUCAGGGGAUCUGAACGACCAUGCUCUGAACGGACACAGGACCCCAGAGAGGAUGCGAGGAGAGGGGGAAGAGGGGCUUGAGGAGCAGAGCAGUCCCAGGGUGGUCAUCAAGAAGGAUGGUAGUCUGAGGGUGGAGUUCACCAACACUAACAGUGGUCUGCUGCUAGAUGAGGCAUCUGGGCCAGUGCAGCUGCUCAAGUUCUCCCCCACCCUGGAGUCCACACCCAGUCUACCUGGCAGCAGCAGGCCUGAGGCCCACCACGGUGCUCCGCAGCCAGCCUCAACCUCCACCGCCAGGACCAGCAAGGGCAGCUCGCUGAGCUCAGAGGGCUCCUGGUACGACUCGCCCUGGGGGCCCAGCGCGGAGCUCUGCGACCAAGACCAGUCCUGUUCCUCCAGUAGGUCUAUGGGAAACCGUAGGGCUGACCAGUUGGAGGCCUUUGGCCAGCAGUCUCCCCCUCUGUCCAUCUCAGAUCUCUACAGGGACCCCAGUAUGGCUGCCACCUUCCCCACAGCUAAGGACCUGUCGGCCCAGUACAGGGAAUCCCCUCUUCACUCCCAUCACAUCCAGCACCGGGCCUCCUUUGUUUCGUCCCUGGGCGUGCCUGCUGAGGAGGAGUGUCCAGAGGCCAGGCAGUACUCAUCCUACACCCUGCCCUGCCGUAAGGCCCGGCCCAGUGGAGAGGUCUCCACCCUGAAAAAGGGCUCUGGCUCCGUCAGGAGCCGCAUGAGACGCCUCAGUGACUGGACUGGAAGUCUCAGCAGGAAGAAAAGGAAGACACAGGAGCCCAGAUAUAAGGACGGCAGCGAGGCCUUUGACAGUGGAUUGGAUGGCCUGACAGCUGACACCAGCUCUCCCUCCCAGGUAUUCAGCCUGUGGUACCCUGGCGUACCUGGCAAUGUUGGGGCCUCCCGGGCUCAAUCUGCAGGGGCCCUCCACCACAGCAGCGACGCCCUCCACCAGAACAUCUAUGAGAACUUCAUGCAGGAGCUGGAGACAGGGACUGGGCAGGGCAGUAGUGGAGGAGCAGGGGGAGGUGGUGAGAGGAGAGACCCGUCUACGGGGACAGAAGGGGGGGAGAGCAGCAGUGAGUCUGCGGGCGACUCUCUGGAGCAGCUGGACAUGCUGUUUGAAAAGGAGCAGGGGGUGGUACGCAGGGCCGGCUGGCUCUCCUUCAAACCCCUCCUCACCCUGCACAAGGACAGGAAGCUGGAGCUGGUCACACGCAGGAAGUGGAAACAGUACUGGGUCACCCUGAAAGGUUGUACCUUGUUGUUCUAUGAGACCUAUGGUAAGGGUUCUCCAGAGCAGGAGCUGUCUCCGCGCUACGCCCUGUUUGCAGAGGACAGUAUCGUCCAGGCCAUUCCUGAACACCCCAAGAAGGAGAACGUCUUCUGUCUCAGCAACACCUACGGAGAUGUCUACCUCUUCCAGGCCAGCAACCAGACAGACCUGGAGAACUGGGUGACAGCCAUCCACUCUGCCAGUGCCUCUCUGUUCGCUAAGCGUCAUGGGAAGGAGGAUACGGUGCGUCUACUUAGAAGCCAGAUCAGAGGCCUGCUGCAGAAGAUAGACAUGGACAGCAAGAUGAAGAAGAUGGCUGAGCUGCAGCUGUCCAUCGUCAGCGACCCCAAGAACAGGAAGGCCAUAGAGAACCAGAUCCAGCAGUGGGAGCAGAACCUGGAGAAGUUUAACAUGGACCUGUUCAGGAUGCGCUGUUACCUGGCCAGCCUGCAGGGCGGCGAGCUGCCUAACCCCAAGAGCCUGUUGGCUGCAGCCAGCCGGCCCUCCAAGACCGCCCUGGGACGCCUGAGUAUCUUCUCUGUGUCCUCCUUCCAUGCACUGAUCUGUUCCAGGGAUGAGGCCACACUGAGGAGGCGCUCCAUGUCCCUGAGCCAGAGAUCACGCAACAAGAGAGGCCUCUUCUCCUCCCUCAAAGGCCUGGACAAUCUCACCAAAAGGGGCCGUGACAAGAGACCAUCCGCAGGACAGAUCUUUGAAAGUGAUGGAGGACAACCCUACUGUCUCCCGCCCACUAGUUCUGAGAGACUGGACAGCCUAGCCAACCACUACUCUCUGGCUCCCCCUGAGGGCGGUCAAUGGGAGAGCAGUGGUGAAACACUGAGCUGUGUUUACAUGCCUGACAGCCACGCCGUCCAAGUGCCUAUGAGACGGGACCAUACAGUGGCUGAUGUCGUCUCCCUAGCCUGCAAGUUGAAGCAGCUGGACCGUAAACUGCACUGUCUCAGACUGCACAGAUGUGUGGCCCAGAACGUAGAGGUCCGCACCCCAGCACCCAGCGAACUCCUACAUGACCUGUUGUAUGACGAGCUAGAGGUGUUCCCAAUGAAUGUAUUCACCCUGCACAUGACGAGACCUGCCUGCACUGGGGACUUUGGCUUUGCAGUCACAGGGCACAUAGACGGACAGAGGAACAGCCGCAUCUUUGUCAGUGAGGUUCUGCCUGAUGGACUGGCCUUCAGUGAAGGCCUGAGACCAGGUGAUGAGAUUGUGAUUCUGAACGGUCGAGGCAUGUCAACUCUGGACCUGGGUCUGAUCCAGAAGCUGUUCGCUGAGCAGACCCUCCAACUGACCCUCAGACGGGACGCCCCACCCACCUCACCCCUGACCUCUGACUCCUCGACCCCGACCCCACUGUCCAACCAAUCACAGCUGCUGCAGGACUUCCUGGACACACACCACCACGCCAAGUCCACUACAGAUGUGUCCUUGGUGCCAGAGGUCCCUGGUGAGUCCCUAGGCUCUGGGCUGGAGAAUGGUCUGCAGCACACCCACCACAGCCACAGGGCCAUACAACACAGCAAGAGCGUGGAGACGGUGUGCACGCUGUACCACACCUUCCAAGAGGGCUCCGGGGGCCUGAUGGAGGGCCACAAAGACCCCCCGCACCCAGGGGCCGAGCCCACGUUGCUCAGACCCUGCCCCCGACAUAUGAGCGCCACCGAGAGGCUCCGCAAGGUCAUCCAAGAGCUGGUGGACACAGAGAAGUCCUAUGUCAAGGACCUGAGUUGCCUGUUUGAGAUCUACCUGAAGCCCCUGCAGAACGAGACCUUCCUAACCCUGGACGAGAUGGAUAGUCUGUUUGGCAGCCUGCCAGAGAUGCUGGACUUCCAGAGGGUCUUCCUGCAGACGCUGGAGGAGAGGAUCGCCUCUUCACCUGACUUCAGCACACUGGAAACCCUUGUGCAGUUUAAGAAGCUUCUCUUCUCUCUGGGUGGAUCCUUCCUGUACUACGCUGAUCACUUCAAGCUCUACAGUGGCUUCUGUGCCAACCACAUCAAGGUCCAGAAAGUUCUGGAGAGAGCUAAGACUGAUUCGGCCUUUAAGGAGUUCCUGGCUGCGAGGAACCCUACGAAGCAGCACUCCUCCACCCUGGAGUCCUACCUGAUCAAGCCAGUCCAGAGAGUGUUGAAAUACCCUCUACUGCUCCGGGAGCUGGUUUCUCUCACAGACACAGACAGCGAGGAGCACUACCACCUCACAGAGGCCCUGAAGGCCAUGGAGAAGGUGGCCAGCCACAUCAAUGAGAUGCAAAAGAUCUAUGAGGACUAUGGUUCUGUGUUUGACCAGCUGGUGGCAGAGCAGAGUGGCCAUGAGAAGGAGGUCACAGAGCUUACCAUGGGAGAAUUCCUCAUGCAUUCCUCUGUCAUCUGGCUCAACCCCCAUUCCUCUCUGGGCCGCAUGAGAAAGGACCCCGAGAUGACCGUGUUUGUGUUCAAGAAGGCAGUGAUACUUGUCUACAGGGAGAGCAACAAGCUCAAGAAGAAGAUGACCGCCUCUCGCUCGGCGCACUCCCAUGGAGACCUAGACCCCUUCAAAUUCCGCUGGCUCAUCCCGCUUUCUGCACUGCAGGUCCGGCUAGGGAACGCUACGGGUACUGAGACUACUUGCAUCUGGGAGAUGAUUCAUACCAAGUCUGAACUGGAGGGAAGGCCAGAGACUGUCUUCCAGCUGUGUAGCAGUGUCCCAGAGUGCAAAGUGAACAUCAUCAAGGUCAUCCGCUCCAUCCUCCGGGAGAACGUCAAGCGGAACAUGCUCCCGGCCGAGAGGGGGUGUAAGGAGCGCCUCACGCCUUUACGCAGCACCCUGCCCUCCUCUGCCAGGAUAGGUUCAUCCAGACUCUCCUGGCUGUGUAAGCAGCCCCUGCUGGAUCUCCCCACCCCAGCCAGCACACUGAAACCUGGCCAGCCUGACUCUGACGAGGACAGCCUGAGCAGCGGCACCCACAGCUCCUCUGGAGUUCCCGCAGCUGACGGUCCCACACAGCCCAAGACAUUGCCCACCCGACAGGCCUGGUCUCGGGGCUCCCGGGGCGGCCAGCGGCCCUCUGGCUCCAGCUCCAUGAAUGAGUCAUACAUCCUGAGUGAUGAGGAUGAUGAGUUCAGUGAGGCUGGUGGAAAUCAGGAGGGGGGAGGGAGCUUCCCCACCUGCGCCAUUGAGGCCCAGUUUCUCAGUUUGAGGCUGUCAGAGGAGGCAGCUUCCUCCCGGGCGCCGGCCCCCCGCGUGCAGCCAGAGGGAGCCGAGGUGAACACCCCGGAGAGCCAGCCCAAGCUCGUUCGGGGCCACUUCUGCCCCGUGAAGAGGAAAGGCAGCAGCCUGCGGGCGCUACUGAGCCUGAGGGAACACAGCCGUUCCCUGGACAGCCAGACGGACCUGGCAGCCAUGGACCUCAGCGCUCUGCUGGAGAGAGAGUUCAGCGUACAGAGCCUUACCUCCGUGGUCAACGAGGACUGUUUCUACGACCCUACGGACACUGGCAGUGCCCCUAACUCCUCAUAGGGUCAGGGAUAGACACAAGGAGAGGGACCAAAGCUCUGCCCAGCGCCCGCUCCCUGCCUCAGGGCAUGGGAAACCCCGGGUUCAGUUCUGUCCUAGUCCCAGGGUAUUUGUUGUGCCUCAGCUCUGAAGUUAAACUGUGCAGAUCCCACCUGCUUAGCUAUGCACAGGUGUAAAAGGAAAGAUGAGCUGCCUUUGGCUUAGCGACAUGGUUGUCCCACUAGAGACAGAGACGAGGUGACUCUGUCCCUGAUAAUUACUGCAAUGAAUCUGCUGAGCACUAAUACACAACUACGCUCCGCCUCCAUCCAGCCCUGCUCUUCUGUGUAUGCCUCUGCCCAGCUCCCCAUCUCUAAGGGCCCAUCUCAAUUAUCUGAAUUGGCUUCCUCUCCUUGUCUCCUUUACAUAGGUGAGAGUAAUAUAAUGGAUAGACUGUCACCCUUCCAGUUCAUUCACAUCAGAGAGAAGAACGGAGAUGAGAGGAUUCCACUUUAGACUAUUGAGACUCACCCUAAGAGCUUCACUUAAACUCAGUCUUCCUGAGCUGUAGGAAGUCAAUCUGAAUCAACAGGAGAGGAUGGAAAUGGAUUUUAUUGUGACUGCCUUGCUGUAUUUUGUGCACUAAAGUACACUGUUUGCCUAUAUUUGAAAAAUAAUUUUGUAUUUGUACAUCAUGGGAUUUUUGUUUUUAAAGCAAUGUUUAUUUAUUGGUCGUUGUAAUUUUUUAUUGCUAUGCAAAAUACAUAUGGGGUUGGCUUGAAUUGAAGAAUCUGGAGAGAAAAAAAUAUGGUAUAUGUUUCACCUAAUUAGAUUGUUUCCAGUAUGUUGAAUAAGAGUAUGGUUGUCAUCCUCCCCCCAAUGUACACAGGCAUUGUCAAAGUAAAACGGCAUGAUUUAAUUAAAAUAAUGGGUUGUCAACUUGCCCUGUUUCUAGCUCCCAUAUCCAAGGUGUACAUAUUGAGUAGCUGUACUGUAACUUCAUUUGAAUCUUUUAUAUUAUUACUCAAUUGUACAGGUAAAAACGGCUGCAACUUGCAAUAAAUACAGUAUCUGGUCCCACAGUGUUUUGGGGAUAUUUUUGUAAAGGUACUUAUUAUUUAGCUGUUGCAUCUUGAAGAUGCUGGUGAGACGUCCUAUUAUCUGACAACUCACCACCACCACCACCACCACCACAUACCCUCCCUCUCGGUUUGCCCCCUCAACUCAACUGUAAACAUGCCUUCAAUGCUAGCAUACCAAUGAAUGUGAACCAUAAUGAACUGUUUUAUAAAUAAACAUUUUUUAUCUGUGA